UGGACAUGGAUGGCGCUUGCUUGGCACCAACAAAGACCUCCUCCUGGAGGUAAGGUACUCCCAAAGAGACUUGGCCAUGGCAGAGAAGCAGCAACAAGGAUCGAACGUGGAGGAGGGGAGCUCCACGGCUGCGGGGAAGGUCGUCUGCGUCACCGGCGCCUCUGGGUAUAUCGCGUCCUGGAUCGUCAAGCUCCUUCUCGAUCGCGGCUACACCGUCCACGGCACCGUCCGGGACACCGCUGACCCAAAUAAAACAUUGCACCUGCGUGCUCUUGAUGGAGCAAACGAUAGGCUGCAGCUGUUCAAUGCAAACUUGUUAGAAGAAGGCUCUUUCGACGCUGCCAUUGACGGUUGCGAGUGCGUCUUCCAUGCGGCUUCUCCAGUUUUCUUCACUAUCAAGGAUCCCAAGGCUGAGUUACUUGAUUCAGCGGUCAGUGGGACACUUAACGUGCUGCGUUCCUGCAAGAAAGCUUCUGUCAAAAGAGUGGUCAUAACAUCGUCCAUGGCUGCUGUUACCUUUAACGGGAGACCAAGGACCCCUGAUGUAAUUGUUGACGAGACAUGGUUUUCAGUUUCAGAGCUAUGUGAAAAGCACCAGCAAUGGUAUGUCUUGUCCAAGACCCUUGCAGAGGAGGCUGCGUGGAAGUUCUCUAAAGAUAAUGAACUUGAAAUAGUUGUAAUGCACCCAACAAUGGUCAUCGGUCCCCUGCUGCAGCCUACACUGAAUGCUAGUGUUGAAGUAAUCUUAAAUCUAAUCAAUGGAUCAUCUUCUACAUACCCUAAUUUUGCCCAUGGAUGGGUAAAUGUAAAAGAUGUGGCACUGGCACAUAUCCUUGCAUAUGAAGUUCCUUUAGCAGAUGGAAGAUAUUGUAUUGUUGAAAGAGUUGUUCACUACUUGGAGCUUGUCAAGAUCAUAAGCAAGAUGUAUCCGAACAUUUCACUCCCAUACAAGUGUGGAGAUGGCGAGCCACUUUUUCCAACCUACCAAGUAUCGACGGACAAGAUAAGAAGCUUGGGUGUCGAACUGAUUCCUCUCGAGAAAACUAUUAAAGAGACUAUCGAGAGCUUAAAAGAAAAGGGUUUCUUUGCAUUGUGAGUCGAGAUAUCAGUGGAAAUAUACAAAUAAAAUGCUUAUGUUUAUUUGAUGAGGUUUAAAUCCCUGUUAGACCUACUCUCUACUAAUUUAAAUGUUACACUUGUUGUCUA